GAGCCAAAUGAAACCCUAGCUCUCUCCUCCGUCUCUCUCGCGGUAAAAAAAAGAAAAAAGAAAAGGGGAAUUAGAAAUCUGAAAUUGUCGAAAAUCAAAUUCCAAAAUUGGAGAAAUCUAAUUAGGGUUUCAAAUCAGGAGGUCCGAAUUCAAACCCUAAUUCAUGGUUCUCGUGUGUGAUCUUCACGAUUGGGUGGGGCAGAUGAUGGGCUCUGGCAUUUCGGUCGAGAUCUGAAUAUUGCGUAAAGGGCAUGUAUGAUGGAAUGUGAAAAUUGCUUGUUUCCGAUUUUGGAUUUUGUAUUGAGAUAUUGUUGAUGGAAAAUAGAAUAGAAUCCUCAGAUGGCGCGGAAGUUCCCAGGAAAUCGAGAUCUUUGGAUCUUAAGAGUUUGUACAAACAUAGAGUCACAAAAGACGUCCAAAAUAAGAAAUUGAAGAGAAAGGCUAGCGCGGAUGAUGGUGAUGAGAAUAGCGAGAAGAAGAAGAAAAAGAGUGUAAAAGAGGUGUCUCUUAGUAGUUUGAAGAAUACUAGUAGUAGUAGUAAGAAGAAUGUAGAUAAAGAUUGUCAUAAAGGGUUGAGUUCUGGUUUGCAUGACUCCAAGGAUUUGAAGUUGGAGGCAAAACAAAAAUUGAACGGCAGUAUUGGGUUUAAGAGCAUUUCAUCCCUUAGUUUGAAUGAUGAUGUCAUUCAAAUCCCUAGGCGCAAACGGGGGUUUGUGGGGCGAAAGAAAGGUGAAGGUGGCCAUGUGCCGAGGCGGCAAGGCCUGUCUUGUGGUAAACUGGACCUUGUUGAUCAGAUAAGUAAAUUAAGUGGGGAUGACUCAGGAAGUCAGGUUGAGUCUGUGAAGGUUAAACGAACCAAAGGUUUUGACGAUUUCAAGGAAAACAGAAUUAGUGAGUCAAACUCAGCUAGGCAUGCAGAGGAAGAACAUGAGCGUGUGAAUCAUCUGGUUGUAAGCAAUGGAGAUUCGUUGUUCAAGAAGUCACGGAGGAAACGGAGUAAAACUAAAAAUUUAUCACCCGAUGAUAAGGUUGGUGCGAAGGAAGCAGAGCCCUUGGCUGAUAAUUCUACCAUGAUGUGUAAUGACUCGCAGGAAGAUGACGAGGAGAAUCUUGAAGAGAAUGCAGCUAUGAUGCUUUCAUCACGGUUUGAUCCAAACUGUACUGGCUUCUCAUCAAACAAGGCUUCCGCAUUUGCAACUGUGGACGGGUUGUCAUUUCUUUUAUCUUCUGGUCGUGAUUUUGUUAGUCGUAGAUCAAGGUCUCUAUCUGGUUCUGAAUCUCCAUCAGUUGAUGCUGCUGGAAGAGUAUUGAGGCCAAGGAUACAGCACAAAGAGAAAGGACAUUCAAGGAAGAGACGGCAUUUUUAUGAAGUUUUCUUCGGGGACUUGGAUGCUGAUUGGGUGUUGAACCGCAGAAUCAAGGUCUUUUGGCCUCUGGACCAGAGCUGGUAUUACGGUCUUGUGAAUGAUUAUGACAGAGAAAAGAAACUUCAUCAUGUUAAGUAUGAUGACCGUGAUGAAGAAUGGAUUGACCUUCAAAAUGAGAGAUUCAAACUCCUCCUACUUCCUAGUGAAGUUCCUGGUAAAGCGGCUUGCAGAAGAUCAAGGAUUCGAGAUAGAAGUUCUGUUCAGAGAAAAAGUAGCUCGAAGCCCAAAAAAGAAAAGAAAAAAGGAGAUAUUUCAAUGCAGGAUGAUAGCUGCAUAGGCAGCAACUAUAUGGACUCGGAGCCGAUCAUUUCUUGGUUGGCUCGGUCUAGACGCCGAGUCAAAUCUCCUUUCCAUGCUCUGAAGAAACAGAAACCAUCUGAUUUAUCUGUGAAGCCUGUGCUGCCACCAUUUUCUAACAAUGCUGUCAAUUCCAAUAGGUGUUUUGAAAGUGGUACUGUGAGGAGGGAUAAAAGAAAAUUUUCCAGAAAUUCUAAUUUGUCAGGCAGGUUUGCUAACGAUGCAAUGAAGGAGGAAUCUACCUCAGAAAGCAUCAGCUGCCCCAAAGAUAGCAAAAUGCCUAUUGUUUAUUUUAGGAGGCGGUUCCGCAAAACUGGCCUAGAAUUGUCUCGUGGAUGUGAGGACAAUCAUGCGUGUAGAAACACACUUGAUCCCGUUACUUCUUUUGCUCCUGCUGUUGAUGAUACCAGGGAUUGGGUAAAGUGGGAUGUACUUUUGGGAAGGUUGGACCUGGGUGGACUAUUGUGGUCUGUUGAUGAUGCAGGUUUGCUGAAAUUAAUGCUUCCAGGGUUAGAAUCAGGGAAGUUUAAGUUUGACGUCGACUUUCCAAUUCUUUCGGGUCUGUAUGACAUAUUUGGAGUGGAGAACCUUUGGUUGAGUCAUUCUGCAGUGCUGCUUCAUUAUGGCACCGUGAUGAUCAGAUGGCCACAGGUUCAUCUGGAAAUGCUUUUCGUCGAUAAUGUAUUUGGAUUAAGGUUUUUAUUGUUUGAAGGUUGCUUGAAUCAGGCUUUGGCCCUUGUUUUUCUGGUAGUGAGGACAUUUCAUCAACCUACUGAACGCGUGAAGUUUGUUGAUAUGCCAGUAACCUCAAUCAGGUUUAAGUUGACAUGUUUCCAACAUCAUAAAAAGCAUCUAGAAUUUGCAUUUUGCAAUUUCUCUACGGUGGAGAAUUCAAAGUGGAUAUACCUGGAUAGGAAACUCAGAAGGCAUUGUUUAGUGACCAAGCAACUCCCUUUGCCUGAAUGCACUUAUGAUAAUAUUAAGAUGCUUCAGAAUAGAACAGUCCAUUUGCCUCUUAGAUCAGUUUGUGGGCAGCCAUCCUUCAUCAAGGGUACACGGAAGAGGUUGAGGCAGGGAAUUAAUUUCAUGGGUAUUUCCAGGGAAUCUGCUUUUAUGGACAUUGGCCGUUCUUCUCAUUUUGAUAAAAUGUACAAAAAGCUUCCUCCACUUGCUCUUUCUUUUACUGCUGCACCCACGUUUUUUCUUAGUUUGCAUCUCAAGAUGCUUAUGGAACACUCUCUGGCUCAUAUUAGCCUUCGGGAGCAUGAUUCAGAGGAACACCUAGAAAACUCUUGCAGUAUGACAGCAGAUGACAGCUCUAGUAUGGAGGAGUACUCGAAUAAAGGUUCAGAAAUGUCUCUUGAGGAGAAUACAAAGGCUUUGUCAGGUGAAGUUGCUUCUGAUGGAUGUUUCUCCUCUGGUAGACCAGAGCUAAGCAAUGGUCUUUCAGUUUGCUGUGACAGGGAUCAGAUAAAAGCUUCCCAGCCUUGCCACAAUGGUGAUGCUAUUGCUGCUGGAACUUCUGCUGAUUCCCCGGUUCAUAAAAAGAUAAGAACUGAUGCUACUGUUCAGUUGCAGGCAUGGAAGGGCCACCAUUCAGAAUCAGAUCAAUCUGCUUUAUUAUCAAGGAGUUUAGAUGACAGGGAUAAGUCUGAAAAAGGUUCUCAGUCCUUUGUGAAUGGUCUUAGUGUUGAAAUUCCACCAUUUAACCAGUUUGAGAAGUCUGUUGAUGGGGAGUUGCAUGGUGCUCAGCAGGCUACUGAUCUUUCUUGGAAUACAAAUGGUGCCAUCUUCUCUAGCCCCAACCCCACUGCUCCCAGAAGCACGUGGCAUCGAAAUAAGCAAAAUUCAUCAUUUGGACACCUCUCACAUGGUUGGUCAGAUGGUAAGGCCGAUCCUGUUUAUAAUGGUUUUGGCAAUGGACCCAAGAAGCCACGAACUCAGGUCUCCUAUUUGUUGCCGUUUGGAGGUUUUGAUUGCAGCCCAAAGCAGAAAAGUAUACAGAAAGGGCUUCCUUCUAAACGACUUAGGAAGGCUAGUGAAAAGAGGUCAUCAGAUGUUUCCAGAGGCUCUCAAAGGAAUUUGGAAUUGUUAUCUUGUGAUGUAAAUAUUUUGAUAACUGCCACUGACAGAGGAUGGAGAGAAUGUGGAGCACAGGUUGUUCUGGAGCUUUUUGAUGAUCAUGAGUGGAAGCUUGCUGUGAAACUAUCAGGGGUAACAAAAUACUCCUACAAGGCACAUCAAUUUUUGCAGCCUGGGUCAACAAACCGUUUUACACAUGCUAUGAUGUGGAAGGGAGGAAAAGAUUGGACAUUGGAGUUUAUGGAUAGAAGCCAGUGGGCUCUAUUCAAAGAGAUGCAUGAAGAAUGUUACAAUCGGAACAUUCAAGCUGCUUCUGUGAAAAGCAUUCCUAUUCCCGGUGUCCGUUUGGUAGAGGAAGGUGAUGAUAACGGAGCGGAAUUAGCAUUCGUUCGCAGUUCUGCUAAGUACUUCAGACAGGUUGAAACAGAUAUUGAGAUGGCUCUGAAUCCAUCACGUGUUUUAUAUGACCUGGAUAGUGAUGAUGAACAAUGGAUUAUGAAGGCCAGAAGUUCUUCCGAGCUUGACAGUGGAAGUUUGGGAAAGAUAUCUGAAGAAAUGUUUGAGAAGACCAUGGACAUGUUUGAGAAGGCUGCAUAUGCUCACCAACGUGAUCAGUUGACGUUAGAAGAAAUUGAGGAGCUCACAGUUGGGGUUGGUCCCAUGGAUGUAAUUAAAGUGAUUUAUGAGCAUUGGAGGCUGAAAAGGCAGAAGAAUGGGAUGCCUUUAAUCCGACAUCUCCAGCCGCCAUUGUGGGAAAGGUACCAACAAGAAGUGAGAGAGUGGGAGCUGGCUAUGACCAGAAUCAAUGCCAAUCUUCCUAAUGGAUGCCAGGAGAAAACCGCACAAAUUGAGAAGCCACCCAUGUUUGCUUUUUGUAUGAAACCCCGAGGUUUGGAAGUUCCCAAUAAGGGGUCAAAACAGAGGUCCCACAGGAAGAUCUCAGUUUCUGGGAAAAGCAAUACCACCUUUGGGGAUCAGGAUGGUUUACAUGCUUAUGGGAGAAGAUUGAAUGGGUUUUCUUUUGGGGAUGAAAAGUUUGUAUACCCAGGCUAUAAUUAUGAUUCGUUAGAGGAUUCACCAUUGCCUCAGACACCACGUAGGAUGUUUUUACCACGGGAUGCAGGUAGCAUGUCAAUGACCAAUUACGGGCUUGACAGAAAUCAUUCCUAUAAAUUUCAGAGGAGCAAGUCAAAGAAAUAUGGAAAUACUGUUUCGCCUAACAACCCUCAGACAAUGGGUUUAUACGGUCACAGAGUGGUAGGAAACGGAAGCAGAAACGGGCUGCAUAGGUGGAAUAUGGGCUUCUCUGAGUGGUCAAGUCAGCAGCACUUCCAACCAGAGCCGUCCCAGAGGCAUUUCAUUGAGCAGUUAGAUGGUUCUGAUCUCGACGAGUACAGAGUGCGCGAUGCAUCCAGCGCAGCUCAGCGCGCACUCAACAUUGCCAAGCUCAAGAGAGAAAAAGCUCAGAGAUUGGUCUGCAGGGCAGAUUUUGCAAUUCACAGGGCUGUGGCUGCUCUUAUGACUGCCGAAGCAAUCAGAGAUUGUCCUGAAGAUGACUCGGACUCGGAUGGUGACGACUGACGGGUUGCAUCGGAAUGGUAAAUUUGGACCAUUCAAUUCAGCCUGCUUUUUGUGCAGCCAGAGAGAGAGAGACUUCCUCACUAAUACAUGAAAUUCGGGAUUUUUUUUGCUAGAAAUGGAAAUCUGGUUUUUACAACAACAGUGGUGGCCUUUUGAGCUUCUACUAACAUGAGAGCCAUAUUCAGUGAGUAAAGAAAGAAGAGAUCACCUUCACAAGCAGCAACUUCCCUGGUUCUCUCCUCCUAUAUGAUGACCUUCUUUUUUGCCAGCUUUUUAGCACUAAGUUCAGUGCAACUGUUUGUGCUGAACCUGCGGGUUUAGGGGUGUAUGGGAUUUUGGCUUCCCAUCUCUUUUGUACAGAAUUUUUUUUUUCCUUGUUUUUUUUUUCUUCCUCUCCCCCUUAAAAUUUUUUUUUUCAAGUGUUCGAUUAAAAAAAAAAAAAAAAUAGCAGCUUCCGGAAAUAAUACAACACCACUUGAAUAGGAAUUAUUACUAUAUUUUGCUGUUAAAACGCUAGCAUUAAUGGAAAACAUACAUGAAAACAAGCAUAGAUCAGAA